CCAUCGUUACCCACACAUGUGAGGGAAAUGUGUGCUGCACAUAAAGGUUCCCCUUCGCGCAAAACCUCCGCGUAUUUUGUUCCGCUUAAUCAUGGCGUCCGCGGUUGUGAAGGUUGCUGUUUCCAGUUUAUCCAGAUGUGCUGCACUCACUUUCCUGCGAGCACAUUCGACCACAGCAUCCCUUCAUCAGAACACCCCAAGGUCGCUGUGGAACCUGGGCAAGCUCAACCAUAUCGCCAUUGCCGUGCCAGACAUGGACAAGGCCACUGCUUUGUAUCGGGAUGUCCUGGGGGCCACAGUAAGCGAACGGGUGGCUCUGCCCGAGCAUGGUGUCUCCACCGUGUUUGUGGAGCUCGGCAACACCAAGCUGGAGCUUCUCCAUCCUCUCGGGGAGAAGAGCCCCAUUGCUGGAUUUUUACAGAAGAACAAGGCGGGUGGGAUGCACCACAUUUGUAUCGAGGUUGACGACAUCAGUGCUGCAAUCAAAGACCUGAAGGCAAGGAACAUCCGAACUCUGUCAGCAGAGCCGCGAAUAGGAGCUCAUGGAAAACCGGUUAUGUUUCUUCAUCCCAAAGACUGUGAUGGCGUGCUGGUAGAGUUGGAGGAGGCAUGAAGCAGAUGGAAGCACUUGCUUUUUUUAAUAUAUUGUUUUGCCAGUUUUUCAUAGAGUUAUGAAUUAAGUCAUUUUUGUGUGCCAAUCAAGUCCGCCCUGGCCUAGAGUUAAGGAUGUCAGGACCACAGUCUGGAGAUUCGAAUCUUAGCCUGUGUGGUGAAUACCUACUAACCAUAAGAGAAGUGCUUUAUAACAAUUUUUUGUCAUGCCCAUCCUUGGGGACAUCAUUUUCUUCACGCUCCCCUUAAAUUGAAAUAAAAUUGAGAACCUGUCAGUUGCUGGCACCAGCCCCAACAUGCCACCCAGCUGAAGACAUGUCUGACACCUUCUCAUGACUGCCCCACUAUAUAAGAAGUACUGGUCUAUUGAUUUUAACUAUUUAAAGGCUGUGUGUAUUUGAUGUAUGUAAGCCAAGGGCCCGCGAACAGGUUUUACCUGGCCCGCGGGAUGAGUUUGCUAAGUCUACAAAUGAACCUGAAAUUUUUCAAUGAAAGACACAACUGUUCCUAAUGUGUCCACUGGAUGUCACAAUAGCAAUUCUUUGUAUCUUUGUAGAUCAGGGGUGCCCAUUACGUCGAUCGCGAGCUACCAGUCGACCGCGGGGGGUGUAUCAGUCGAUCUCCAGCCAGGCUUUUAAAAAAAAUAGACCUAAAAUUUAGUGAUCAUCAAUCUUCACCAAGACGUCACUUAAAUGACAUUCACGGUACCGGAGGGUCUUGUGAGAUGACGCUGGCUGCUGCAAGAUCAUUAUUAUGAAAAAAUGACAGAGAGGAAGGCGAGAAACACUUUUUAUUUCAACAGACUCUCGCGCCGUACCUUCCGUCAAAACUCUAAAGGCCGACUGCACAUUUCCUAUCCUCACAAUAAAAGCCCUGCUUCAUGCUGCCUGCGCUAACUAAAUACAGAGUCUCGGAAAACUGGCGUGCACAAGCGAUCCCUCAGAAAGCUGGCGUGCACAUCACUUGUGCACGCCAGCUUUCCGAGACUCUUAUUUUGUUAGCGCAGGCAGCAUGAAGCAGGGCUUUUAUUGUGAAGAUAGGAAAUGUGCAGUCGGCCUUUAGAGUUUUGACGGAAGGGACUAAUGCACCCCCUAUAUUCUUACUUCAAAAGAAAGCGAUUAGAAUUGUAAAUUAUGCGAAUUAUCAUGACCAUACCAAUGCUCUGUUCAUUAAAUUAAAAACAUUAAAACUGCA